CUCAUUCACUUCAAUCACUAACCAUUCUAGAGGGAGAAAAAGUGUGACAUUUGUUGUUGUGUUUUAGAGAGAGAGAGAGAGAGAGAGAGAGAGAGAGAGAUGGAAGGGAAAGAAGAAGAUGUGAGAUUAGGAGCCAACAAGUUCCCAGAGAGGCAGCCGAUCGGCACUUCGGCGCAGGGCGGCGACAAGGAUUACAUGGAGCCACCGCCGGCGCCGCUGUUCGAGCCGAGCGAGCUGACCUCGUGGUCGUUUUACAGAGCUGGGAUCGCCGAGUUCAUGGCAACUUUUCUGUUCUUGUACAUCACCAUUUUGACGGUGAUGGGGGUUGUUAGCUCCAAAACAAAGUGUUCGACGGUUGGGAUUCAAGGCAUAGCUUGGUCGUUUGGUGGCAUGAUCUUUGCACUUGUCUACUGCACCGCUGGCAUCUCAGGGGGACAUAUCAACCCGGCGGUGACAUUUGGGCUGCUACUAGCAAGGAAGUUGUCAUUGACGAGAGCAGUGUUCUACAUAGUGAUGCAGUGCCUUGGUGCAAUUUGUGGUGCUGCUGUUGUCAAGGGCUUCGAGGGGACGACCCGGUACGAGCUUCUUGGUGGUGGUGCCAACUCUGUCAACCAUGGUUACACCAAAGGCGACGGCCUCGGUGCUGAGAUCGUCGGAACCUUUGUCCUCGUUUACACCGUCUUCUCCGCCACCGACGCCAAGCGUAGUGCCAGAGACUCCCACGUCCCUAUAUUGGCACCAUUGCCAAUUGGGUUCGCAGUGUUCUUGGUGCACUUAGCCACUAUCCCCAUAACCGGCACGGGUAUCAACCCAGCAAGGAGUCUUGGUGCUGCAAUCGUCUUCAACAAGGACCGCGCUUGGGAUGAUCACUGGAUUUUCUGGGUGGGCCCAUUCAUCGGUGCAGCACUCGCAGCUUUGUACCACCAAGUCGUGAUCAGAGCCAUCCCCUUCAAGUCCAAGUGAUGAUCAUGUUUGGAUCCACCGUAUGAUGCUUUUAUUUGUGGCCAUUUAUUGUCUGUUGUUUUGUUUUUAGGUGUGUAUGUAAUGAAUGUCUUAGAAAAUGUAUUAUAUAUCCAUGUAAUGGGAUUUGUGGGCAUGUUUGGUAUUUUGAUAAUAUAAUCCAAAAAAGAGGGGAUGAUGGUUGAUGGGGCCCAAUCAGAAGGUGGAGAUGGGGUGUCUGGAUCAUUGCAUUUUGUGUGGAGUGGAGUGGACUCUGUAAUGUCAAUUUGGUCACAAGACAAAUAAUGAUUCACCGACCAAACCAAACCAAACCAAGGUCUACACUUUAUUUUUUUUAUUUAUUUUUUAUUUUUUAUAAUGAUUUUUGGACAUGUGUGUUUUUGUCUCUUUUUGCCGUUGCUGGUGCUGGAUAAGUCAUUUCAUGUUUGUUCCCAUUA